ACAUUUUUACUUGUUUUAAGAAAAACAAAAUAUAAAUGCUAUUAAUUUCAAAAUCGAAAUGUUUGUUAAAAGGAAAAGAACCAAUUAUGAAAUUAUCUUAUGUCUAUUUAAAAACAUCACCAUUUACUUGUCAAAGCAAGCCAGUUGUUAGUGCUAAGGAACCUUUCAUGAUUAUGGCAGAGCCUGGUAAGAAGUAUUCUUGGUGUUCAUGCGGUCUUAGCCAGAAGCAGCCACUUUGUGAUGGCAGCCACAAGAAAACCGAAAUGCGUCCUUAUAAAAUAACAUCAGAAAAGGAAUGUGAAUUAUGGUUUUGUGGUUGUAAACAAACAAGAACUCCUCCUUUCUGUGAUGGUUCUCAUCUUGAAGAAAGCGUUCAAAAAUGUUCGUUGGGCACAAGUAUUCCCUAGACAGUUUUAUUUAAAUAGUUUUAUUUACUUCUAUAUUACGAUUUGUUUUGUA